CGUAGCGGACGUUGUAAGCUGUGUUUCCUGCUCUAUGUUCUAGCGCUAUGCCGUGCUGUUGCGCAUAUAACUACAGCAAGAAGCCUGAAGAUGGUUAUGCCGUUUUUAUGAUACCACAAGGAAAGCGUGACGGCUUGCGCUGGAAGCAGUGGCUGCAUAACAUUGGCCGAAAGAACUUUGUUUCGACAAAGAACAGUGCUGUUUGCGAGCUCCCGAGCACCCGGCCAUCGACCGCAAGAACUGGCUCAUCCACAUGCAUUUCGUUCGACGGGAGUUCGACAUCUGCAAAGCGCUCAUCAAGGAGAUGCUUGCCGAGACAAAGGGGUACUGCGAAUACGCCCUCUACAUACAAGCCCUGAUACUGCGCCACGAAGGAAACAUCAGCGAAUCGCUAGAAGUGUUCCAGUCGUGUGCCCUUCUCAACGGGGACGCUUCGAUUCUGAAACAAGUAGCCAGAUCUCUAUUUCUGCUGGGAAGACACAAAGCAGCAGCCGACAUCUAUGAGGAAUGCCUUAAACUGAAAGGAAAAUGCUGGGACAUAUUGCAUUACCUCGGACUGUGCUAUGCAAAGCUCAAGGACUACGAACAGGCGAGACAACGCUUCGCAGAAGCCAUACAGCAGAGCCCUCGCGACGAGACCUUCAUCGCCCUGGGGGAACUGCACAUUGCCAACGACGACAUGAAGUCCGCAGUCAACGUCUUCCGAAAGGCUGUCGAGAACAAUCCAGAAAGUGCUGAGCUCAACACAAAACUCGGACUUUUGUACAUGCAGUGCAACAUGUAUCCAAAGGCGUUCGAGCGUCUGGGCGCGGCGCUUGCCAGCAAUCCGAGCUACGGACCGGCCGUCCUGGCGGCCGGCAGCAUCAUGCAGACGUAUGGCGACUACGACGUGGCGCUGACCAAGUACCGCGCCAUCGCCUCGGCACCGGAUGAAAGCCCUGCUCUAUGGAACAACGUCGGCAUGUGUUUCUUUGGCAAAAAGAAGUACGUCGCGGCCAUCAGCUGCUUGAAGAGGGCCAACUACCUGAACCCCAUGGAUUGGCAGAUCCUGCACAACCUUGGUCUGGUGCACCUGACCAUGGAGCAGUACGCCUCCGCCUACCAUUUCUUCAACGCCGCAGUCCACUUCAAUCCGCGCAACGGACAACUCUUCAUGCUACUCGCCAUUGCGUUACGAAACCUCCAGGACCCGGACAACGCAAAGCGGGCGUACGAGAGAGCCAUGGCCUUGGACGAGGAGCCUCUGGUAUGCCUGAAUUACGCCGUCCUGAUGCAUGACUUGGGAGAUCACAAGGCUGCGGCCAGACUGCUCGGACAGUUCGAGGAGCGGUGCCUCAAGCAGCAGCAGACUUCGGGAAUAGAAAUUGACGCGGCGGUGACGCAGAUGGCCAACAACCUGUCUAGUUCUCUGCAGUCGACGAGCGCGGACAGCAAGAGCUACGACGAAGUGCCAGACUCGCCGGACAGGAAUGACGAGUCCUCGCAAGAGAGAAGCGAAUAAAUGCACUCGUCUCAGGCUCCGAGCAUGUCGCAUACAGUAUAAGCGUGGACGACACUCAUGCACGGAAUGGGGGAAAUUUUUUGUAUGAUGCCGCCGUAUCUACGCAGUUUAUUUUUACUCAAACACUACGUAUACAACUUCGGAUUAAAGAAGCAAAUGAGCAGAAGCAUUGGUGAACUUAACCAUUUUUCUGAUGCCUUGUACGUAACGUUGCCUAGGCCUUUAUUAUUACGUUAUCCUAGGCCGGUCAGCGUCCCAGUUAUUUUGUACUUAAGCCUCUGCCGCACACCAAGAAAGCAUGCUCAGAAAUUACCUAAGCUCUAGGCAGAGCAACAGCAAAUUGUCAUUCCACGUGAAAUAAUGGGAAAAACGAAAAAAGAACAAAGAACAAAGCGAAUAAUAAAUAUCAAGGAAACCGAUAUUUCGUUGUGAUAUUAACAUGCAAAUUACACAGUCACCUAUGCCAAAAAGUUAGUUGACGAUAUAUAACGUUGUACAAAGAAAUGGUAGGCGACCCUAAUCUUUGACUUAGGUGUCUGUUAGUGGCACUCGUACCUCGGCGUCGGUGUUCUUUAGGCUAACUUUUGGCGAUCGCAACGCACGAAUCGAAAUCGGAGGCAACUGUUUUCCAUUAAUUAUCCGGUUAAAUAUCAUGCCAGCUUCUUCUGUGUGGCGUCAUUAGUGACGUCAUUACUUCCGGACGUUACUUCCGGGUGUCCAGGAAUUUCCCCAAAGUCGUGCUCACGUGGCGGGUUUCUAAAUUCUACGAUUCUGUGCUUUGGUGUGCGGUAGUCAGUGAUUUCUAAUUAAUUCUAAUUAUUCCAGACACUUCAGUGACAACUUGUAACUAAACUUAUGUUCUGAAUCAUAUAUAUAAUGAAACCCAUGAAUUUUGUGCUGCACUA